UAGUCAUCUGCAGCUCCUGCAGCAGAUAAGGGAGGUAUUGUAGGAGGAGGAGCGUGAAGGAAAGAGGGCAGCCGGUGCAACAGUUUUACACUGCGUGCAGCUACAAUGGGAGAGGCGUGUGUUAGAGAGAGAGAGAGAGAGGCAGAGGACUCACUGCAGUGCAGGUGGAUCACAACUGAAGAGGAAGGUUCAGAGGCAGCAGUGUAAAUCUAACUGGCUUUCCAGCAGGCGGGAGUCAGAGCGGCGGCCAUAGAGCGAGCGAGACAGCGGUGAAGCAGGCAUGAGCGUGGACAGCCAUCAGGAGGUGGUGACCACCCCGCCCCCACCGAGCGGAGGGACUAAGGAGCGCUACUUCGACCGCGUCGACGUCAACGAUCCGGCGUACAUCAGGGCCAGGAACAUGUCGCCUGACCUCCGGCAGGACUUCAAUGUCCUGGAGCAGAAGAAACGUGUCACGCAGAUCUUACAGAGCCCCGCCUUCAAGGAGGAGUUGGAGAGUCUCAUCCAGGAGCAGCAGCGGAUCGGGAACAACCCCACCAGCCUGCUGGCCCUCCGGCAGAUCGCCGACUUCUUCAUGGCCACCUCUGUGGGCGGCUUAAACAGCUCCCCCCUCAGUGUGGGGAUGGUCAUUCCCAUCAACGACUUGUACGGAGUGGAAUCCACCACGAUGGUGAAAGGCGAGAGGCUGACGCGCUGUAAACUGGCCAGCACGUACAGACUGGUGGACCUGUUCAGCUGGGCCCACCUCUCCAACUCCUACAUCACAGGUCGAGUCAGCAAAGAGCAAGACCACAUCCUCAUCAUCCCCAGAGGACUGUCAUUCGCUGAGGCGUCUGCAUCGAAUCUGGUGAAGGUCAACAUCCUCGGGGAUGUGAUCGAACAGGGCUCCACCAACCUGAGGAUCGACCCCGCGGGUUUCAGCCCCCACGCUGCCAUCUACUCCAUGCGUCCAGACAUCCGCUGCAUCCUUCACGUGCAAACUCCUGCCAUGGCUGCGGUGUCAUCCAUGAAGUGUGGCAUCCUGCCCAUUUCCCAGGAGUCCUUGAUCCUGGGUGAUAUCGCCUACUACAGCUACCAGGGCAGCCUGGACGACCAGGAGGACCGCAGAGAGCUGCAGAAGGCCCUGGGGCCCACGACGAAGGUUCUGGUGCUGAGGAAUCACGGUAUAGUUGCUCUCGGGGAGAGCAUCGAAGAGGCCUUUACCUACAUGUAUAAUAUCCAAUAUGUCUGUGAAAUCCAGGUGAAGGCCAUGGCGUGUGCUGGCGGGGUGGACAACCUGAUAGUGCUGGACUCGGCCAAGUUGAAAGCACAAGUAAAGGCUGUUGGCAAAGCAGAUGCUGUCAACAUGUGUGGCGGCCAUAAGUGGAAGAAUGGCGAGCUGGAGUUUGAGGCUCUGAUGAGGAUGCUGGAUAACCUGGGCUACAGGACAGGUUACACAUACAGGCACGUCAUCGUCCGAGAGAAGCCCAGGCACAAGAGCGACGUGGAGAUCCCCGCCACGGUCACGGCGUUCAUGUUCGAGGAGGACGGGGACUGCGCCACGCGGCUGCCCUUGAAGUUCCUGCAGCAGCGGCAGCAGAGGGAGAAGACGCGCUGGCUCAACUCGCCCAACAGCUACACCAAGGUCAGCGUGGAGGGCAGAGAGGAGCGCUACAACAGCCGGACAACCACGUGGAUGAAGGCGGAGGAGACGGGAACCCCGAUCCGGAUCGAGGACCCCAAUCAGUUUGUCCCUCUCAACACAGACCCCAGUGAGGUGCUGCAGAAGAGGAACAAAAUCAGAGAACAGAACCGCUUCGAUAUGACGUCGUCAGGGCCGCGCUCUCAGCACCUCGCAGGCAUCCCAGUUGAUGAACCGCGACGGCCAUACGUGCCCACAGAGGAGGAGCAGAUGGCUCCCUUGCCUCCCAACCCCUUCAGUGAGCAGACACAGAAGGAGCUGCAGGAGUACCGCACAAACGUGGAGAGGAGGCAUCUAGGCCCCAAUGAUGGAGAGCACGAGCUAACCUCCGACGACGGCUCCACUCUCUCUCAGUCUCUGUCUCUCACCCAGUCCCCGCAAAGCACUCCAGCUAAAGAAGACAACCACACAGGCCUGAUGAACGGCAAAGACAACCACGGCGACGUGGACGAGGAGCUGGCCAAGCGCGUCAGCCGGCUUACCGCCAGCGUGGAGAGCGUGGAGAUCAAGGUGCGCUCCGGCGAGAAGAUCGAGGAGGCGCUGUCCCCCGAGAGCUCACCCUCCAAGUCCCCCAACACCAAGAAGAAGAAGAAGUUCCGCACGCCGUCCUUCCUGAAGAAGAACAAAAAGAAAGAGAAGACGGAGGCCUGAGAGCAGACGGGAAAGGCCGUCUGCACGGAAGAAGAAAGAGGGGCGGCAGCCACCUUUUCUGUUUCAUGUCUGUGUUUAUAUUAUGUCUCUGUUUUCAAUGUCCUUUCAUGUUUUUAAUUUUAUUCAAAUUUCUAACAAAAGGUUUUAUGUGCAAAAGGCAGAAGAACGGAUCACGUAGAGAAAAUGAAUUGGUUUUCUACAACAACAAAAAAAGGAAAGAUCUCUGUUUGUGAAGUGUUGGGAUGGGCAUGUGGGCGCACAGAUUAAAGUUGCAGCAGAUUGGAGGUGACUCGGAUGGGUCCAAGGUGUUGGGUGUCUGCACACGCGAUCACCUGUGCAGUCCUCUAACAGGGCUCCUCGGUGUCACGUGAGGCCCUUUAGAUCCCGAAUAACUGGCUCCUCCUGUGUUGUUUCCCAGGCUGAAAAUAGAACUGGAAACCACCUCGCGUGUAUCUCGCUUUAAAAUCCAAUUGUGUUCAAUGAUUACGUUGCAACAUUGAGUGAUGUUAAACUAAAAGUUGACACUAAAUUAGUUUUUAAAGUUUUGUUAUUGAAUCCUGGCCACCUGACUCAACAGUGAACUGAGAGGCCACGUGAAAUUUGAAGUCACACUGGAAAACCGGUGUCGGAAUUGACAGCCGAAGGGUUUGUGUUGAUUUAUUUACCGCGUGAGGAUUUCUCUCUCUCUCUCUCUCUCACAGGCUUCUGAUACAAACCUCCUCUUCAGCCGACUGGACAACAUAGUGAGGAUGAAGGCCGGCAGUUUAUCACAACCAGGUUGACAUAAUCGCAAAGAGCCACUGACUCUCACUCAAAUUAUUUAUGUCGCAUUUUCACAUCUCCUCUUCAUCUCAAUGUUGUUUUUGCCAAAACUAAAAAGACGAGAAGAAGACACAACCUCAUUUCAGUAGCGCUUCACCGUUUGUGUCUAGUUUGUCAUCUCAUGAAAUGUGAUCUUUUUUUUUUUUAUUCUACACACAUUCGGUAUUAGUCGACUCUGUUUUGUACUCAUUUGUAAGCUUUUACAGAGAAUUACAGCUGUUCUGCACGUUUUCUCUUAUAUGGCCGACUAUGUUCUUUAGUGAUGCCUGAUUGCUGAAAUUAUAUUCUAAUCUUCAGAGUACACAAAUUUACUAUAUAACACAGAUAUAUGAAAACUGGAUAUGUUGGCUAUAGAUUUUUAACUAUAUUUUUUAUUGUAUUGCGCUGCACUUUUCUUGUGGUAUAUAACGUGUUUCAGUUGCAGGUGGUUUCACCAGUGAAGGAGAUUUGUGAAGUAAUUUGAUAAAAGUUGUGCAAAGUAGCAAGCGAGGCAUGGUGUCGGGAGGAAGGUCGAGGACCCCGAAAGUGAGUCGAAUGAAGCGGGACAAGAAUAGUCUCUCAUUGGUGUCGCGCGUGAGAAAUCAUCUACUUCUCAACGGAACAAAACAGGAAGUGUAGUGUCGAAAUACUAAGUCCAAAUAUCUGCAGUCGCCAGCUGAAAUGAGAGUCGCGGGUCGUGGACUGAGGACCUUUUUGUUUGAUGUGUUUCUGUGUUUGUUUUUAAAGCCAUAUUCAAAUUUUAUUUUUCCUCCAUUGUUUUUAAUGAUGAGACAAGGGUUGCGAUCGUCGUCUGCCUGCUCGGGCGUCAAUGGACCCUAACGAGACCGCUGUUAAAUCUCCCCCGUGACUGCAUCGACACCCCUCAGGCCCCCGGAAACUUUUAUUUCUUUUUCAGUAACUACAUCCACUGCAGCUUUAUUUGCCAUUUAUUUUCUCCUGGAACUGGAACAUUACAAGGAGGUCGUAUAAGGACAUUUUCAUUUCAGCUUCUAAAGCCCCCCCUCGUGUCAUUUCUCCAGUAAACACGAUGGUGCUGUAACUGUCAGAUGACCCACAGUUGAACUCUGCAAAGCCAAAGUGUGACGGGUUGCCACAUGUCCUCCCCCCAGCAGUUUAACCAGAUGUACCAAUAUCCCAACUAGCAAUGUGAAGUAUUGGAUUUGGGGGGGAGGGAGGGAGGAACACAUCUUUAGCUGUGUUAAACGAUGGCUUUUGGCUCCGGGCAAAGAGCUGCUGAGGUCACACAACUGGAAGAUGGAGAAGGGAGGUGUGAGUUUGGAAAUGGAAGUGCAUAUAUAUAUAUAUACACACACACACACGUGUGUUUAGUAGAGAGGGGCAGUGGGUAAGGACAACCUGACACUAACGCACCAUCUUUUCAUCACUCAGACCGUCUUCCUCUUCCUGGAAAGUUCUUUUUUUUUUUGUUUUUUUUUUCAUCCUCCAUGUUUAUCGCAGUAUUCGCUUUCUUUUUGUUCUUUUAGUUUGCAGAGAGCGCUAGGCUUAUUUCAUUUUUAUUAACCAUUCUAUGAGGUGAACUGAAUGUUAUUUUCUCCACUUUUGUUUCCGACUGUUUGCACCUUGCUUCACUAAUGCUCUCUCUCUCUCCACCUCUUUUUCUGUUUUAAAAUAAAUAACGAGUUUUGCUUCGGCAUGCCAGAAUAAGCCGAGCUACUUUGUGACCUGUGAAAAUCCUCUAUAAAUGGUUAUCUAAUGGAGUUGCUUUUAGAUGUAUUGCUAAUCAGUGUAAAUUCACAAAUAAAGCUGUAUUUUAAGAAA